UUUUUUUUUUUGGUUCCUGGGUAGUAAGUGUUAUUUCCUAAUUGCGUAUGCCUCAAAAGUAUAGAAAAUGGCUAUUAUUCCCCACAAACUUUGCUUUUGUGACCAGGACAGUGAUAUUUUGAAAUGUACCUAUUUUCCAGAACAUUCCAGAUAGAUUCAGUGCUGAGUAAAUUUGGAGUAACUUCUAGAACUUUCCAGUAAUAUAAAUAGUAGUAUAAAUACAGGGGCCUUAAGCCCACCAGUUCAGUUUAGUUCCAGCUGCCUAAGUGAAUACAUAUCUGCAUUUUUCUGAGAUGGCAUCAAGAGGCUGCAAGCAUCCGGCAGACGCAUUUUGCUAUGUCUGCGGCCAAUUUAUCAAGACAAGAGCGAAAAAGUACUCAGUGGAAGCAUCUGUUAUGUGUGCGGCCUGCAAGGCAUAUUUCGGCAUGCCUGUCGGGGAUCAAGACAAAUCCUGGGCACCUCAUUUCACCUGCGAGCACUGCAAAAAAACUCUGGAAGGAUGGUACAGAGGGGAAAAGAGAGCCAUGAAGUUCGCUAUCCCAAGAAUUUGGCGGGAACCCACUGACCACUCAAGCAACUGGUACUUCUGCAUGGUGGACCCUUCCAAACGUCGGACUGGCAAGAAUGCACCUGCUAUCACGUAUCCGGACCUUCCUUCAUCCAUUACCCCGGUGCCACAUUGUUAUGAGCUCCCCGUACCCACUCCUCCGGAGAGAGAGCAGCCGUCUUUAGAAGAGAGCAGCAAGUCAGAGAGCGGGGAAGACGUUGUAGAUCCAGAUGACAAUUUCAGAGGUGGAGCUGAGGAGAGAAACCCAUACUACCCCAACCAAAAAGGCCUCAACAACUUGAUUAGAGAUCUUGGUCUCACCAAGUCCAAUGCUGAGCUUUUGACGUCUAGGCUCAAGCAGUGGAACUUGUUGGAUGAAAGUGUGCAAGUCGCAGAUCAGAGGAAGCGUCACCAACCUUUUUCCAGCUUCUUCACCCGUCAAGAUGGGCUCUGCUUCUGCCACAAUGUGACCAGUCUGUUCGAGGCAAUCGGAAUCGCCUGUAACCAGAAUGAGUGGCGCCUCUUCAUUGACAGCUCAUCCAGGAGCCUCAAAGCCGUGCUGCUCCAUAAUGGUAACAAGUACCCGUCUCUUCCCCUGGCUCACUCGGUGCACCUCAAAGAGGAUUACAACAGCAUCAAGACCUUGCUGGACGCCUUGAAGUAUGAUGAGUACGGCUGGGAGGUCAUAGGAGACUUCAAAAUGGUGGCAUUCCUGAUGGGUCUCCAAGGCGGUUUUACCAAGUUUCCCUGCUAUCUUUGCCUUUGGGACAGCAGGGACACCAAGGCGCACUACCACAGGCGGCACUGGCCACAGCGGACCGAGUUCUCUGUGGGGGGGAACAACGUCAAGUGGGAGCCACUGGUGGACCCCCGGAAGGUGCUGAUGCCACCACUGCACAUCAAAUUGGGCCUUAUGAAACAAUUUGUCAGAGCUCUAGAUAAGGAGUCUGCAGCCUUCAAGUACCUUCAAGACUUCUUCCCUAAGCUGUCUGAGGCAAAGGUCAAAGCCGGUGUCUUCGUCAGCCCACAGAUAAAGAAGAUCCUGGAGUGCAAUGAAUUCCCCAAGAAGCUCACUAGUAAGGAGAAAGCGGCUUGGAACAGCCUUGUCGCAGUGGUUCGGGGCUUCCUGGGCAAUCACAAGGCCGAAAACUAUGUGGAGCUGGUUGAGACUCUGGUGAAGAACUACGGCACAGUAGGAUGUCCCUCAAAGUCCAUAUCCUUGAUGCUCAUCUUGAUAAAUUCAAGGAGAACAUGGGAGCGUAUUCGGAGGAGCAAGGCGAGCGCUUCCACCAGGAUAUACUGGACUUUGAACGCCGCUACCAAGGACAGUAUAACGAGAACAUGAUGGGAGACUACAUUUGGGGGCUGAUUCGUGAAAGUGAUUUACAGUAUAAUCGUAAAUCUCGAAAAACUACUCGCUUCUAAAUCUUUUGUAGUCAUUUUUGUAUUACUUUAGUAUAAAAUACAUGUUAAUUUGGAUUCAUAUGUUGUUUUUUUCUGACUUUAUGUGAACGAAAAGACACAUUUCUCAUUGGAAAUAGGUACAUUUCAAAAUAUCACUGUCCUGGUCACAAAAGCAAAGUUUGUGGGGAAUAAUAGCCAUUUUCUAUACUUUUGAGGCAUAAGCAAUUAGGAAAUAACACUUACUACCCAGGAACAAAAAUUGUGUUACAUAGUGUUUUUACUUGGAUAUUUUUCAGACCUUAGACAGACCUACUGACAGUUGUAGUUUACGUUAGUUGUGAGGUGCCACUGACGCAUUCUUUUUAUUUACAACAU